AUGGAACGAGAUGGAUUAAUCGUCGCGGCCGACCCACCGGCUGCCGUUUGGAGCAGCUGGAUGUUGCUAGACUGCACCGGGGAGGGCACUAUCCUGGAUGUAGACAAAUAUGAUAUCAUGCACCGGGUCCAGAUCCAUGCUCGGGAUCUUCGGAUGCUCGAUCCGUUGCUUUCGUAUCCUUCGACAAUUCUCGGCCGAGAGGGGGCCAUUGUUCUCAAUCUGGAGCAUAUAAAGGCCAUAAUCACUGCAGAAGAGGUUUUGCUUCGAGAUCCAAUGGAAGAUAAUGUGAUUCCGAUUGUUGAGGAAUUUCGCAGGCGUUUACUGCCUGUAAAUUCUGCCAGCCAAGUUCAAGGGGAUGGGAGGGAACACUCAAGCGGACAAAAUGACGUUGAAGCUGGUGAAGAAGAUGAGUCCCCAUUUGAAUUCCGGGCUCUGGAAGUAGCUUUAGAAGCCAUUUGUAGUUUCUUUGAUGCACGUACCACAGAGCUGGUGACUGCUGCUUAUCCAGCUUUAGAUGAGCUGACCUCCAAGAUUCGCAAUUGUAACUUGGAUCAGGUCCGUAAGUUGAAGAAUGCAAUGACAAUGUUGACUGCUUGUGUUCAAAGGGUGAGGGAUGAGCUUGAACAGCUUCUGGAUGAUGAUGAUGAUAUGGCGGAUCUUUACUUAACAAGAAAGUUGGCUGGGGCAUCUUCACAUGUAAGCAGCUCUGGUGUACCCAAUUGGUUCCCUGCCUCUCCAACUAUAGGCUCAAAGAUAUCUAGAGUAAGAAGGGCUAGUGCUGCAACAAUACAUGGAAAUGAGAAUGAUGUUGAGGAGCUUGAGAUGUUACUUGAGGUAAUAAUAGCAUACUUGAUGCAGAUUGAUGGUACAUUGAACAAAUUGACCAAGAGAUGUGGCGAGAGAAAGGAAAAGGUGAACAUAUUCCAUCAACUAACAGAGAAUCGGGUGGGACGGCGGAGGGGGAAUUAUGGGGACUAA